CAUCGCCUUGUUUAUGAAGCGAAGACAGAUAUUAGUUGCAGAGAUUACUUAUUAUUGCAUCUGAGGGCCAUUGAAGAUCUCGUCUGCUUAACUAACGUAUCUCGUCUGCUUUUUUCCAAAUCAAAUGCCCACUAUUAUACGGAGAGAGAGAGAGAGGGAGUGAGUGAGUGAGUUUAAUCAAUCGCGCGGGGAAUGAACCCAAGAUUGGGCUAAUCUUCGGGGAUUAGAUAUGUAUCCUUUACAACAAGGCAAUGAGCUGGAAAACCAAAACCCUUGCAUACCCUGCCAACCGGACAAAAUCCUUAACGAUCUGGUCACCCUUGAGAGUACUGCCAGUCUGCCUCCAGCCACCAAUAUCACCGGAAAGAAGCACCACCACCGGAGAUUCCUCCCGGCAAUUCAGCAAGAAAACAAAAAACAAGAUCAUGAGGAUACUACUACCACUAAUAGUAACCAGCACAAGCUCAAGAGAAUUCUUCAUAGAGACAUCGAACGCCAGAGAAGGCGAGAAAUGGCCAACCUCUAUGCUUCCCUUCGAUCCCUCCUACCCCUUGACUAUGUUAAGGGAAAGCGGGCGAUAUCUGAUCACAUGCAGGAGGCCGUGAAUUACAUAAAAUGUCUGCAGAAAAACAUCAACCAACUGGGGUCACGGAGAGACAGGCUCAUGAUCCCGCCUUGUAAUUUGAGUUCUACUUUUAGCUCUGGGAAUCGAAGCACAAGUGCCGAUAGUCGGUGUUUGCGUGAUUGUGGUGCGAUUGUGAGGGUGAGCCAAGGCGGCGAUGGGGUGGAGGUUUUGAUCUCCAUUAGUUCUAAGGAGGAAACUUUCCCCAUUUCGAGAGUGCUGAAAAUGUUGCUUGGUGAAGGGCUCGAUGUUGUGAGCUGUGUUUCCACAGCAACUAAUGAGAUCAAAGUCCAUAAGAUUCUGGCGGAGGUUACUGAUGAUCGGAAAAGUAUAGAUACAUUGGCGCUGCAACACCAACUGAUGAAUGCGAUUAACCCUCCUGAGUAACUCUCCAUCUUAAUAUUUGUCUAGAGACUAGCAGUAACCUCAGGCUUGGGCUCGAUGACAAUUUCACAAACUCUAUGGACUAUGGCUUUGAAUGACAACUCCUAGCAUGUACUGGCUUUGGCACUUUCUCUAUUCAUUCCAGUUUUUCGUGAUGUCCCUUGCAGGCUUGAACCGUUCCGUUAACUGACCAAGUGAUUAUAAAGAUGUUUUUCCUCUCUCAUUGCUUGCAUAUUUUAUGCAUAUAGUAUCUUUUUUUUCCCUUUUUUAAAAAAAAUUUUUGGUUUGUGAUUUACUGUUGAGUCGCAUUCUCCCCUCCCACCCAGAAGAAACCUAGAAGGAAAACCUAGAAACUAAAUUGGGACCAGCUCAUUUUGACGAAUUAUGACCAACGUUUAUGUAAGUUCAUGACCACCAUCUAUGGUCCUUGAAUCAGUUAGGAAUACUGUUGUGAGUUGGAGAGGGGAGUCUCACUGACCAAGGCCAAUUGGGAGCUAAGUAUGGAGGUCGGAUUAUCUCAUGUGUGUUUCCAGCAAGAUUGAGUUUGUGCACUGUAAUAGUGAUAGGAUUGAUGUAAGUAGGGAUUGUUUGAUUCCUGUGCACUCGCUUAUUUCUUGAUCAAUAAAGAUUCAUGACCAUCACAAUAGCAAGAA